AUGAAUUAUUUGUUUUAUGGAUUUCUUGGAUAUUGGGCUUUGUCAUUAACAUUUUUUGUUUAUCCAUUUAAGAAAAAGAAUAAUUUUAGAUAUUCAAAAUACUAAAAAUAUAAAUAAAGAAAAGCAAUCCUUCAUAUUUCACAUCGUGGUGGAUGUAGGGAAAAUUUGGAAAAUACAAUGUAAGCCUUUCAACAUGCAUAUGAUCUUGGUACUGAUUGUUUAGAAAUGGAUUUAUGUAUGACAAAAGAUAAGAAAGUAAAUCAGAUAAAUAAUAUUUUAGAUUGUAGUUUUACAUGAUUCAUCAUUAUUAAGAAUGUGUGGUGUAGAUGCACAUGUGAAAGAGUAUAAUUAUAAAGACCUACCUAAAUUUUUAGAAAGAGUUAGACUAGAUUUUGCUCCUAAUGAUUAUAUUUCAACUCAAACCUGUAAGACUCCUUAUCUUCCUUUGUUUGAAGAUGUUCUUAAAACAUUUCCUGAUGUUUUAAUUAAUGUCGAAAUUAAGACUCCUGAACCAGAAGUUGUUUAAGCAGUCAAUGAAUUAAUUAUUAAGUAUCAAAGAUAAGAUACUAUAAUCUGGGGAGCUAGAUGUAUUAAAGAGUUUUAAUUUUUAGUUUAAAAAUAAAAUGAAUUACUUAAAUCAAUUAAUCCUUAGAUACCUAGAUUUUUUACAGUGGAAGGAAUAUUAAGAGUUUAUUUACUUUAUAUGACUGGUCUACUACCUUUCUUUGAUAUUCCUGAUGAUUCUAUGUAAGCACCACUUUAUACGGAUGAUUUCUACUAAUGGAAAUUAUAAGUUGCUUAAACUAAUUCAGAAAAGAUUUAACAAAUGCUUUUGUAAUUUAUUAUUCUCUAUUUAAAGUCAUAAUUUCAUUCGAUUUUUAGGUUUCAUUUCUAAACCUCUAUUUUAUCAUUUACACAAUAGAGGGAUUUUUGUAUAUUAUUGGGUUUUGAAUAAUGAAAAGGAAUAUGAAAGAGCUAUUAAAACUGGAUGUCAUGGAAUUAUGACUGAUUGUCCAACUGUUCUUAAGGAAUACCUAAUCAAAAAAAAACUAUAUGGAAAAUAGUGA